UACGCUUACUUUCCCUGUUGCGGUUUCUGGCCACAUUAAAAGCAAGUGUUCAGUUAGUACGCCUUCUUUUUUUAUGUUUAUAUAGAAGCUCUUCUUGUUGGAGAUAUUUGUAAUUUCCUUAAUGCCAGUCCUUUUUUCGCCUGUCCCUGGUACGGUGGACUACGGUGUUGACGGAGGGCACGCGGGCACUGAGUGGCGGUUUCAUGGCAAAAGUCAAACCCCUUACCCAGUGCGUCAAAACCUACAGGACUAUGACUGAUAGAGCCUUCGUCCAAUUUAAGGGGAUCCAGUUUGGAAGAUAAAACAUCUGUGACCUGUGCAUCCUACACCCCCUCCAGAUAAAAUGAGGACUAUCUCAUUGGGCGUUGUAUGGCUGUGUCUUGGCCUGUCCCUGGAUGCUUUGUCUUUGAACGGACAGAGAAGAGAGACAGUAGAUGGAGAGAAAACUGCCCCAGCGAUCAGAGGAGACAAGCUGCUCAGAAGAGUGAGACGCGGCUGGAUGUGGAACCAGUUUUUCCUGCAGGAGGAGUAUACAGGCAGCGACUACCAGUACAUUGGCAAGCUCCAGUCGGACCAGGACAACGGCAGUGGCUUAGUCAAGUACGUUCUGUCCGGCGAGGGGGCCGGCACCCUCUUCGUCCUCGAUGAGAACAACGGUGACCUGCACGCCACGCGCCGCCUGGACCGCGAGGAGAAGGCUUUUUAUAUCCUCAAGGCCACGGUGGUCAACAAACGCACGGGUCAGAAGCUGGAGCCGGAGACGGAGUUCACCGUCAAACUCCACGACAUCAACGAUAACGAGCCUCAGUUCAGCAGGGAAGUUUACACCGGCAGCGUGCCUGAGAUGUCUGAUAUCGGUACAUCAGUCAUCCAGGUGACAGCGACGGAUGCUGAUGAUAGUAUGUAUGGGAACAGUGCCAAACUGGUGUACAGCAUCAGCCAGGGACACCCGUACUUCUCUGUGGACCCAAACACAGGUGUGAUCCGGACCGCCUUGGGUCCUGGCGACAUGGACCGCGAGCAGAGGGAGCACUAUCAGGUGGUGAUUGAAGCUAAAGACAUGGCGGGACAGAGAGGAGGUCUCACUGGAAGCACCACGAUUAACAUCACGCUCACGGACGUCAACGACAACCCUCCCCACUUCACUCAGAGUGUUUACCACUUCAGUGUUCCUGAGUCGUCCGUGUCCGGCACUCCCGUUGGGAGAAUCCUAGCUACUGACAGGGACAUUGGGAGGAACGCCGAGAUGUCUUUCUCCAUAGUGAGUGGAGACGGCAUGGACAUGUUCAACAUCUCCACUGACAAAGGCACCCAGGAGGGAGUCAUCACUGUCAGCAAGCCUUUGGAUUUUGAGAAGAAGCCAUCGUACACAGUAGAGAUCCAGGUCCAGAACACCCAGGUGGACCCUCGCUUUAUGUCCGCAGGCUCUAAAGACAUGGCAACGGUUCGAAUCGGCGUGGACGAUGUGGAUGAGCCGCCGCUGUUCGACAAAGCCAGCUAUCUGAUGGAGGUGAAGGAAGACGCUGCAGUGGGCGUCGCUGUGGGCUCAGUCAGCGCCAUGGACCCCGACGCAGCUCGCAGCAUGGUCAAGUACUCUAUCGACCGCCGCACUGACAUGGACCGCCUGUUCAACGUCCAUCCAGGGAAUGGAUCCGUGUUCCUUCUCAGAAGCCUGGACAGAGAGGAGAUCGCCUGGCAUAAUAUUUCAGUCAUAGCCACCGAGUUCAAUAACCCCCGUCAGAGCAGCCACGUCCCCGUCUACAUCCGCCUGCUGGACAUCAACGACAACGCUCCCACCUUCGCCACCACGUAUGAAACCUAUGUCUGUGAGAGGACGAAGGCCGGCCAGCGGAUCCAGACGGUGAGUGCUGUCGAUGCCGAUGAGCCGUCAACGGGACACAAGUUUUUCUUCAGCCUGGCUCCUGAGGGGACCCACCGCAGCAACUUCACUGUCCGGGACAACGGAGAUAACACUGCUGGCAUCCUCACACGUCGAGCCAGCUACAGCCGCCUUCACCAGAGCAUCUACCUGGUUCCCGUGGUGAUCACCGACGGCGACUACCCCAUGCAGAGCAGCACCGGCACUCUGACCGUGAGGGUGUGCACUUGCGACCGUGAAGGCAACAUGGAGCUGUGUAACGCAGAGGCUCUGAGCAGCUCUCCUGGUCUCAGCACCGGAGCGCUCAUCGCCAUCCUCCUGUGUGCCAUCAUACUGCUCAUGAUCGUGGUUCUGUUCACCGCUUUGAAACGCCAAAGGAAGCAGGAGCCCCUCAUCAUCUCCAAGGAGGACGUCCGGGACAACGUGGUGAGCUACAACGACGAGGGCGGCGGAGAGGAGGACACCCAGGCUUUUGACAUCGGAGCGCUGCGACACCCGGACGCCGCCGCUGCCGUGUUGGAGGAGUCCGCCAAACAGAGGCGCGACAUCAUCCCCAGUGACACCCUGCUGUACCCGCCGUGCCGCCGACUCCACCCCGCCGCCUCCGGCCUCAUCAUGCCGCCGGUCAGCAUGCCGUCGCGGGAUAACGGGGACGUACGCGAGUUCAUCAACCAGAGAGUGCUGGAGAAUGACUGCAACCCGACGGCGCCGCCGUACGACUCGCUGGCCACCUACGCCUACGAGGGCGCGGGCUCGGUGGCUGAGUCGCUGAGCUCGCUGGGCUCAGCGUCGUCAGAGGCGGAGCAGGACUACCACUACCUGAGUGACUGGGGGCCCAGGUUCAGGAAACUAGCUGACCUGUACGGGGCUGAGGACGGGGACUUCUCCUAACAAAGACCCCACGAACACACUCUCGCUUCCAUUUCAAAGUCGGGUUCAGGAAAGAUUUUCGUUUUGACCAAUGCAGGGCCGAGGACAGCAACAUCUAACCAACACAAACUCAAUAUUAGAGAUUGUAUACAUAACCGAUGAGCUUUAAGAAAAUCUGAAAACUUUUACUAAUACAGACGAGCCACAAUCCACAUGAUAAACCAACAGAUGUGCUGGCAUGUUCAAAAACACCACCCGGUCCUUGACCUGUUUUCACUGAACAUGGAUCCAAAAUGGAGCAUACCAAGUCUGAAGUAUCUGAUUUUGGGGAAUGGGAACUAAUGGAUGUAGAAAUGUAAAUUAACCAGCGUAACCAGUGAAGCACAAAAAAACCUUCAGCUCCACUUCUUCAAAGACUCGUUUCAGUCCCGAACGGAGUUUUGAAUAAAAAAUUGGAGUGUAUUUUAUAUUGGAAAUUUGACUUGAAAUACUUUCAGGCUUUUCUUUAAUCUCUCCUGGGUUACCAAAAAAACAUUUUGCAGAGUGUUUUCAUGUGGCUUAACAUUUGUCAUUCAAGGCAAACUGAAAGGAGGAAAGUGUUGGGAAAGAGGUCAAUCAAGAAAACCCCAGUGUAGUUAUUUCAGGACUGGACCACACACACUUACCUCUGCAGAUUUAAGGUGGAGAGUGUGUGUUAAGCGAAACCGAUUUUCUUUCUUUUUUUUUGACUAAGUGCCCUUCUGCUGCCCUUCGAGCUGAUCUGUGGAUGCCUGUCGGUUGGCUGAGACUGGAGGGGGCUAUUGACUCUUACAUAAUUGUGUUUUAUCUUUUUUGCUGUCUUCUACAAAAAAAGACCAUUCCAGAGGAGCCGUUCUGAAGGAUCCUCGCUUGAAAAUCGCCUUCUUCGGGACACAGAGUAAUUAAAAAAAAAAGGACAACUCAUAUGAAUAAAUGCACUGAUUUCUUUAUGUUUACGCAGGUUUUUGAAUUUUCUUUGGUUGAUUUCUUUUUGUGCUGCACACAGAAAGAAGAAUAAAUGUUCAUGCAUCAUUUCUAGACUUUUAGCUUAAGUGUAUAAUGUGUCAGAAAUGUGGUUGAAUUGAGUUAUAUUGGAAGUAUACUAAGUUAUAUAAAUCUUUAAUUUCACUGCAGUCUUUUUUCUAUAACAAAAUACAACUUCAGAAAUCAUACGUUGAACAAUGUUAAAUAAAGUAUUUUAAUUGAGAAUAUGCUUGAUAUUUACAUGAAGGACAUGGGGAAGCCCUGAUUUCCCAGUAGAGCUGUCACUUUUUAUUCAGACUUCAAAAUACAGUUUGAGUGUAAAAGAACUACUACAGAACAAAUAUUUGGGUUUUGGUUAAAUAUUAAACUGCACAAAUCCUUAUUUUUAUAAAAACAAUGGAUCAAAUAAUUAAAUGUAAUGUGAAAGGGUUCGAUUGUAGUGACAGGCCUCCAGGUAAUUACUCUACGGAACGUCUUUCAGCUUAUUGGUUUCACUGGCCCGCAUUAUUACAGUUUUAAUGAGUCUCGCUGCUCUCAUUAACCUCAUAUCCCCACAGCCGGGAACUGGUAAACAUAGCGAAGCAUUUAUCAGCUGAAAAAAACACAGAUACUUUAUUUUUAGGAGUUGGUGGAGACCAAACCAGAGCUAAAAGCAGUGAAAAUAUUUGACUAGGGAUGACAACAACCCCCAGACAGAAAGCAUAUUAAGUCUGUUUCUCUCUGCUGUUGUUUUUUUCACACAGAGCAGGUUAACUUAACCGACGUUAUAGCGGUCCACUAAAGCAAGCGCUAAAGUUAGCUAAUGUCAUCUAUUGGUGCUAACGUUAGGCUGUAACAGAGAAACAGUCUUGCUUUUGUUUUGCAAGCUCCAUGUGAAGUCGUGAAAGCCGUUGCCGUGGAUGUCAUGUGACAGUAAAGCCAGAGGAUGAUCGCGGUCAAGACGUCGUACACAACAACGGAGAUGAGCUGCGAUUCUGUUUUUCUAUGCUGGCCGGCUUUCUCCUUCUUUUCCAACAACUAGCAACAGACUAGAACACUUAAAGGCGUACAUACCGGCCCGUCAGGUCUGGAAGAAAUGCAUCCCCCGUAGAAAAACAAAAACCGUCACAUUUUCAAAAUUCUGGUACCGAAUUACCGGGUCUCGUGACAUCCUAUAUAAUAUUAGACUUACAUCUAUCAGGUGGACACAAGCAUAACUCCAACUGCCAUAAGAAAGAAUAAGGUGAUAUUAUUUCAAUGUUUUAUAAAAUAAACAGUUUAACAUUUUUAAAAUAAAGCUAACUUGCUUUCUUGCCAAGAGUUAGACGAGAAGAUUGAUACCACUCAUGUCGGUACGGUAAAUGAGCUCCCGCAAAUAACUGCUAGCUUAUGUUAGCUUAGUUCAGCAUUCAGGCUACAAAGGGGGAAACAGCUAGCAUUAGCAUGGCUCUUUCCCAAAUUGGCUAAAAUUAGGGUUUUAUUUCUUUUUCUAGCCUUGGUGUAGUAACUUCCCAGAGUCUUCCCAGGUUGCCUGGCAACUUCAUGUUGACAACAAGACUGCCACGUGGCCAAAAAAGACAAUAAAUGCCGGUUUAGAGCAAAUUAAUUAACAAAACAUGCUAAGCAGAUUAUCACGACACCAAACAAAUCGGAGAAGCAAUGUGCCAAAACAUUUUGGAUUCAACGCUGUAGAUUUAAAAUGUAUGUUAAAAUACAUAAGGCCGCUUGAUGCUCCUGCGGAGGCUCCUCGCGGAGCUUUUGCCGUGGCCUACACAAGUGGCCUGGUGUUCAUAUUUGUGCGCUGGUGUGUGCGUCCAGUCGGCGUGUGUGUGUGUGUGGGGGGGGGAGUGUGUGGUACAGGGAGAAGUGAGAGAGAGAGAGAGAGUCAUAGUGAGAGAACCAAAGUGUCCCCCCUGGGUUUUCUGACCGCCGUGAGACAUCUGUAGCAGGAGAAGUUAACCCUCUCCUUGAUUUCAUGUUGUUUAUGGAGAAGGAGAACCAGGAAAUGAGUGGGGGGGGGAUGCAACGCUACCAAGCCACGGCCAGACGUGCGUAGCCGCGACGUGUAGUUACUGUCACCGCCCAAUGUGAGGAGAGCGCAGAUUUGAGUCCCGCAUGCGUCACUUCGCAACGAGCAGUCAGCCUAUAAGAUGCUAACGAGAGACUUCUGUAAUGUCAAUACAGUAAAAAUGGACUUUCUUAACGAAGUUGGUUCACUUAUGGCUACAUGCUUGCAAUCAAACACAUCAAAUGUCAGUUGAAUGGGGUUUUGAGCUAACGUUAGCAAUCAAACAAUCAUAGCCAGAUAGCUAAAGCGUUUUUGAAAUGAUUCCCAUCUUCUGUCAUAGUUUGUAAUGACAAAAGUUUAUGAUUUCCUGGAUUUCACAAAUUUCAGUAUGACGCAUUAUGCCGUAAACCGUUUACAUUUGAACAUGCGUAACUCAAAUCUGCACUCUCCUCACAUUGGGCAGUGACAGAUACAUUUUUCGAGAGGUGCAUGUCAGGUCCAGUGUACACCCAGAGGGGUCUGCGGGGGGGGGGCCCGCCGUCGAUUCAACGCAGACGCAUAAAACGGCCUUUACACUAACAUUUUCACAACAAGAAAUCACCAGGUUAUCACCUGUCACUGAAGAGGCAGCAGAGGCACCAGAGAUGAACGUCAGAAACAGCGUACCGUGCGUUUAGGAUUUAGCCCCGUGGGCUGCGUUUUUGCCUUUUAGGCCUUUAUUUGUGUCCCGGCAGGACAGCCUUGGACAUUAAGGGGAGAGAGAGGCUGGAUGGCAUGUAUAUGGGCGAGCUACUCAGGCCCCCUAAAUUAAUUUUAACAAAUUGUGUGUUGGGGCUCAUUCGUUCAAACUGUCCCUCACAGCCAGCAUUGCAGCUCGAAUGUCUUUAAUCGACUGGGAACCUCAUUUAUAGCUUGACGUUAUUUCCCAGACACUCGCAUUGUUUGAGGAUACGGGGACGAAGGUGUCACGGCCCAGAUUUCACUCGCUGAUUUGUCCGAGAAAAGAAGAAAAAAACGUCUUUAAUAUAUUAAGCCCGCCCUUGUGUCUCAUUCAAGGACAUCACGAGAGACGUUUUUGUUGUUCAGUGUUGUAAUUAACCGACACUUGAAGGCAGCGUGGUCCUCAUUUCCUCUGCUGUCACAGAAGUUACCGAAACCACAACAGUCAACCUCGGUGCUGUGUUUAAAAACAACACAUUUCAAGUGAGGGACGAAACCACGAAGUCGGGAUCAUUUACGGAUUCCGAUUUUUUUUUUUUGUUAUCCUGAAUUAAUCGCAGGAGUGUGCGUUGUGUGUUUUUUUUUGCAGUUCCAGUGAAAGCGACAGUUUGUCCCAGUUGUGUUUUGUGACCGUGCUCUGCUCUGAAGGCUUCACACUCAAAUGUCCACAUGUUUUUUUCUUUGCAUUGUAAAUCAUUCUUUUUGUACCAAAUAUUUAUAGGACACAAUGAUGAUAUUCUGGAAGGACAAAAAAAAAAAAAA